AUGGGUAAUAAGCAAACGAUAUUUACUGAUGAACAGCUAGAUGCCUACCAGGAUUGCACGUUCUUCACUCGGAAAGAAAUCCUUCGGUUGCAUGGCCGAUACCAUGAAAUGGCACCAAACGUUGUGCCCAUGGAUUAUACAAAGGACCCAGAUGUUAAACUACCUAUGCAGCUUAUAAUAAACAUGCCUGAGCUAAAGGAGAAUCCCUUCAAGGAAAGGAUUGUGGAAUCUUUCUCAGAAGAUGGAGAGGGGAGCCUCAGCUUCAACGAUUUUGUGGAUAUGUUCUCUGUGCUCAGUGAAAUGGCUCCCAGAGAGCUUAAAGCAAUCUAUGCCUUUAAGAUCUAUGAUUUUAACACAGAUAACUUCAUUUGUAAGUCAGACUUGGAAAAAACCCUUAAUAAGCUGACCCGAGAAGAGCUAACAGCAGAAGAAAUCACUCUAGUUUGCGAGAAAGUGAUAGAAGAAGCUGACAUGGAUGGUGAUGGGAAACUAGGAUUUGCAGACUUUGAAAACAUGAUUUCCAAAGCACCAGACUUUCUCAGUACUUUCCACAUAAGAAUCUGAAGAUGUUUCUGUGAGCCCGCAGAAAUGACUUGCUAGUCCAGCCUUUCUGAAUCUCAGGCACUUUGAGGGCUUUUGUCCUCUAAUUAUGGCUUCUUAGAACUCAGCAGAGUGUACUGAAAUCAUCCUGUUCCACAAAGAGACAGAAGCAUCAUGUGGUCUACAGGAUAUUUGAAACAGUCACAUUUUUAUCUUCACUACUGGCCAAGCACUCUGGCAAAGAUGGUUGGUUGUUGGGUUGUUUUUUUUCUUUUUUUUUUUCUUUUUUUAAACUGGCAGAAUCAGAAUAAUAUUAAAAGUAUUUCCACAUAGUUUUUAUAUUUAUGAAUAUUUAAUACUGCUCUUAAAAGUGCAAAAAAAAAAGACAGAAAAAAUAGCUUUGGUGACUU